CAAAGUACUCUUUUGUACCACCAGUGCACAAUACUAAAAAUCGAACCACCUACGUUUAACUAAAAAAAAAACCCAAAGGACCACAAACCGGCCAACGGGCCGGAUACAACACUAGUUAGUAUCAUAUUGUCAAAUCAAUAUUACUAACAAAAUUUCUAAAUGAUCAUUUGGCUAAUUCAUAGUAUUUUGAUAGAUUUGGCUGAUAAAAAAGAAUUCAAAAGAGGUUUGGCUAAUAAAUAGUCAUUACCCUAAAAAGUAUGUUCCUAAAAGAAAUCAAAUGGGCUUAGCAGGAGAAAACACUCCCUUACCCUAAGCCGUAGAAGGCUUGCUUAGGGUUUCAAACUUUAGUCAAGAGCACUACAGCUCGUGGCUACCAAGGAAAACUUUCACUCUCUACCCCUAAUAAAACAUAACCUUAAACGCAGGAGGCAGAACAAGGAUUCAAAACAGGCUCUCUAUACACUCAAUCACCAGAAUACUCCCACACAUUCAACUAACUUUGUGUCACCGUCACCGUAGCAGACACAGAAACCCUAAAACUCCAGGAAAACCUAACCAGGAAUUCUAUCCGAAAUUUUUGUUAAAAUAGAGAAAAAUGAACCCCUCGCCAUCAACAAAAUUUCCGACCUAAAUCCUUAUUGCGAGAGCUCCCUUUCAUUUCCUCUCUCUCGGCGAGAAGUUUUAGGCGACGGAUGGAUAAAGAGAUAAAGAGAGCGAAUAUCUUUUGUUUCUUAAUGAAGCCCCGUUCCUAUGGCCAAGUCACGAUGAGGUUAUGAUAGAUCAAGGAAGACCUUAUGAGAUUUUUGUCGGAGAGGAUCCUAUCACGUGGAAUAAUUGUUCUUUGUCCUUCUAGAUUAUCAGUGAAAUUCGCUAGACAGCUAAAGUACCAUAGGUUGUUUUGAGAUCCUAAUUAUUUGUUCACUCUCGAUUCGGAUUAUUUGUUGUCUAAAUAAUCCGAUCGAUUGAUUAAAAAGGCCUCGUAUUUUUUGGCCAUUAAAAAGGCCUCACAUGCACCACAACAUGCCUUUUGUACCAGGCCCAAUAAGGCCCUUAACAAUAGCAGAUCGGCGCACAACUCCUUUUGGGCAUUAUUUUUAUCUCCCAACACAGAUCAAUUAUGGCAAAGUUGAAAAAUUGAAAGACUUGCCUACAAAAUCAAACAAUCGAUCCAUAUCCCUGCCUUUUCUUCCCCCCAUGCGCAGGCUUCUCUGUUUUUCUUGAGAAAGAAAACUUAACCGCCCUCCUCCUUCCUUCGCUUCCGCCUCCCUUGCAUGCAAGCCUCCCCCUCCCCCUCCCCCUCCCCCUCCGCCUCCGCCUCCGCCAGUCAAUCCACCGCUGGUUGCUCAAUACCGGUCUCCACCUCCGAGCCACCAUUGUCUCCUGCCACCGCCGCCGCUGAUUCGCUCAAGGGGUUGUGGGAAGAAGAGCGGCGGAAAGUUCCCAGGACGAAAGGCAGGAGAAAAAUAGGGAGAGAGCAGCAAGGGUAGGGUUGUCGCUGUUGACAGAAGAGCAGGCGAAGGAAAUUCCUGUGGAAAAAAGGAAUUCCAAUCGUCGUCUUCCUUCCUUCCCAGACUAACAACGAGUUGUCGCCGACCACGUUUCCACCGCCGCAGGUACUUUUUUGUAAAUGCUUUUUAACUAUUUGGUACGGUGGAUUAGAGUAGCUGACGUAAUGUGUUCUUAUACUCGUAGGUGUAAUUUUCUUACAAUGGAUCGUGUAUCUCAAUGGUACCCGUAAGUAUUGUUUACCAACUAAUCCUUAGACUGUCUACUCCGCUUCCUUUUCGUAUGGUCAGACAUUAGUAACGGUUUUAUUUGUAGGGAUUUUAUGGUUGAGCCUGGUUUCGUUGCAAAGCUGCGGUAUGAGGAAGCAGUAGCUAUGUCUGAAUUUACGGAAUCACUCAGUCUUAUAUUGUUGCAAGAGAAUGGUGACGUUGAGGUUAUUGAAAUAAACUUUUUUGUCAUUCAUCCUUCUCGCUCUCGUUUGCACUUUUUCUGUUUGUUAAUGCUUGUUAAUUUUUUUUUUGAAAAUCCAUUUCUUGUUUUAAACACCAGGGCACUUCUCACCUCUUCUCCGGACGUAUCACCGAGUUGAGGACAUCAUGGUGUGCUGCAUCUAGAGUUCAUUUGAUCCACUUAGUUAUUGAGGAUGACUAUUUGGAUGUUGAGGUUGUUUUCCCAUCGGCAAACUUACGCAAAAUCCUUUCAGAUGUAGUAAGUGAUGAAGACAUGGCCAACGCCGAUUUCGUUACCCUUGUCAACUUGCUUGGUGGAAACUCUUAUGAGUUUAUGGUCACAUUGGGUCCUUGGAACCAUGGGUAUUUUGAGCUGUUAUUGGUAAAACUAUUCUUUCCUCGUGGAAAGUGAAUACCAUUACAGCAAUGUCAAUAGAAUCUACUAAAUUUGCUUAGUGUCGGCCUUAAUGCCAUUUCUCUUGUUAUCCAAGUGUACUAAGUGUGUGAACACAAUGUUAUUUUGUACGGGUCCUGCCCUUCUUAAUGAAUUGUUGCUUCCUUAUGGGUUGUUUGUUGCUUCCUACUACACUACAUGCCACAAACAAUCAAAAAUUAGUAUUCGUGAUUCAUAAGAAAGAGCGAACUUGAAAACUAAUAACAAAGAGCAAACUUGAAAAUAAAAAUACGAAGGUGCUUAAAUAUAAACAUCUAUCAAUAGGAACAAAUGAUUGCAAAAAAUGUCAAAAUAUAUACCUAGCUAGCUAGGAUCGUUAGUUUUACAAGCUAAACAAUAUAGUCCAACGUAGUAAGCAACAAUUCUACCACAUAGUUUGAAAAUAAACAUCACACUUCACUACAACUAUAUAAUAAUGGUUGGUUUUCAUGAACAAAAUAAGUCCAGAAGACUUUCAAUAAGUGAUUAAUUGACUUGGGAUGCUAGUUUGGUUGCUUUAGGCCCACAAAUGUACACAAUAUGUAGAGCUCGUUAAUCAGCUUGGACAAAUAGGUUUUUGUUGGUUAAGUGGCAAGCAAAUUGUUUCCGUGAUUCAUAUUAAUAAGCGUACACAAUUGAACAAAGAAUGUUGAUUGUAGUCCAGCGGAUGGCAGUUUGCAAGCCCAAUUUAUGGCUUGGGUUCGACACCCAUCAGCAGCAUUUCAUUUUUGGUUUUAAGUUAUUACUACUAGGAAUAAUCUCGCGCUUCGCUGCGGGAUGAUUCAUAUUAAUAAGCGUACACAAUUGAA